AGAGGAGGGGGGGUGGCCUAGGCAGGUCAGUCAAUCUGAGUGAUUCAUGGAUGUCUCCGCAUCGGUCUGCGCUUCGCACAUCCCUCGCUCCACCAUUCAUGAAUCACUCGAUUGACUGACAUGCCGUCGGCGCUUCGGGCACCUUCGGUGCCCUCCUCCUCAUCAUUGCAAAUACUGACCACGUGUGAAUUGUACCGUGAAGGCCUCCGUGCUGGUACUGAGGGACCGAAAGACAAUGCGGGAGAAAUCAUUCCCAUGACGGCUGCUUUCUCAAGUGUUCAAAAUGAUUUCGUUUCAAUUCGAAAUACAUCUUCCCCUUCCCCACAAAGAAUAGCAGGAGAGACGGCGCAUGAAAGGAGGAGCGUGUUGCGAUGAUUCAACACCCCUUCAACUAAAAAAGGAAGAAACAAGGCUCGCGUUCCACACAUUUUCUCCAAACAAGGCUCUUGUUCCGAUAGCAGCUCGAUUCCAGGUCCACGGAUUGAUUUGUUUACUGUCACCUAUGGAAGGCUUACGAAUAGACAACAGCCAUCCAACAUCACACGACGGACGCCGGAUUACCUAUCUAUCUUCCACGUGUAUGCGUGGAGCAGUGCAUCUGCCGGCGCUGGCUUGCCCAGAUUCUUGUCCAGGAGGGAGACAACCUUCGUCACAUCGGCUUGAACUCGAUGGCCGCCGAGCGGAGGGAAGAUGGCCAUGGCGUAGUUUUGCUUCAACAUUUGUGCUUCGAACCAGAUGCCUGCAUCAACAGACACACAAGCACAACAGUGAAACAAACAGCUAGGUGGGACAAUUGUGUUGGGCAUGCCUUUGAAGAUUCGGUCACUGGGCAUCAGCUCGAGGAUCUGUCACGACGCAGUAGUUGAAGAAUGUACUGAAAUUGUGCAAAUGAUUUGUGACCAGUGUAUGUUUUGCACAGAAUCGAUGAUUGAAGAAGGCACUGAAAGAGUAGAGACAAGUGAAGCCCAUGAUGUACUCUUGGUGCGAGAUGACGUACCCGCCGUGAGGACCGACCAUAGCCAGUACGUUCAACCCCAUCCACUCCACGAAGCCGCGGAAGUCUCCUUGAUUCACGUCCCUAAACAUCUUCAACUCCUCCCCCUUCCCUCUCCUCUGCAGCAACGCCUGUAUCUCACUCACGAGCUGACUCUCGUUGGUCAUGUCUCUCUUCUUGCCUCUGCGGCUCAAAAAGAGUACAACCUAUAAACGAAGAACAAAGACGGUGAAGACGCAAGAUGAGAUACGAGAUGAUACCUUCCGCUGGUCGAGGGGUGUGUCUCUCCGCACUUUCAUCCGCUCCACGAACCGAAGCUGCACGAGAAACAGAACUAGAGUGGCGUGUGUAUGUACAUAUCAGGUAGUAUGUGUGCUGAAUAUGUAUUACUGACGGCGAAGUAAGGAUGGACCAAUGGCGAGCGGCAGGAGAAGAGAAGCCGCUUUGCCUUAAUGCGUUGCCGAUUGCCGUUUCGCAGCCUAAUCACCCGCCGCUGGUCGAAUCCCAGCGCCUGUUGGAUGUUUCUCACAGUGCCACUCGAUGCGCCGCCUGAUGUAAUGAUAACGGUCUCGGCAUCAGCAGAUGCGCCGCUUGCUCGAUUACAUGCGUGACUCGAUCGAGGAAGUGCUGAAAGGACCACGCGUCGGGGGUGGUGGCCAGGAUGGCAGAAGGAUAGUUUGUUACGUGAGCAAAAUAUCCUCCGUCGGUGAGCAGCGGCUUGUGCUGGACUCCCGGAGACAUGCAGGAAGAUUGCGACCACCUAAAACGCGAACAUUGACACUCUUGGUGUCCCUCCGUGUGUUGCUUUGACAAUUACCUAUCAACAGGAGGGGCAUUGACAUAUGAGCCAUCAGUGAUCACCAGGUUCUGACCAUGUUGGCCGCGAAAGUACACAUGAGUCUGGUCAAAUUCAGAAUGCUCCUUCAUCAGUUUCUUUUCCAGGAAGGAUAAAUUGUCGGACAGCAGGAUCGGAAAUGACACAGAGAAGUCGGGAAAUAUAAGCUCCUCAGCAUACUCGAUCUUGUCAUUCGACGCUGCAAUGCAAGGCGCCCAGUUGUGCGCCAUGUUCUGCAGACACUCGGUCAGCACAGCUGGGGCCCAGUCAGAAGACUCCACCGAUGAGACAUUUGCGUCCACAUUCCGUCCUGAUGCAGCCAGGAGGCGGAUAGCACCUCCCCCAGCCAAAGAUAGCCCUCCUCCACCCACAGGCUCUGCGAUAGCAUCCGACGGCAUUUCCUCUUUUGCUGCAGCUGGAACCGUUGUCAAAGAACGAGAGUAGUUCGCGCCGCCUUGAGUGUGAACGAGCACUGUGACGACAAUGAUGACGCCGACGGCGACAGAGAAGACGGUAAUAAGACACAAGGUCCUGCAUUGGACAAGAAGGAAAAUGCGGUGCAGCAUGCAUUUGCCACACAAACGACUUGUCACCUCAUUUGUCAGUCCAGUGUCCAGUGUGCAGCAUGAUCAUUAUCUUUCUUGAGCUGCCUUCGCUUUUCUUUGAGGCCCUCCGGCGGGUUCGCGCAACGGUGGCUCCAUCCAAUGGAGAUUAAGAAGACGAAGACGCACUGCUGCUGACAGUGUUGCGUCGGACCCCAAAUGAAUGAAAUGAC